CAAUUUUAGUUGACCACCACCACUAAUUUCUAACCUUCCCUUUUUACCCUCUCCUUCCCUAUAAUGCUAGUGGUCUCUCUCUUUAUUACAUGUUAACAGCUAAACACAAAACCAAACAAAAACUACUAAAACCAAAAUCCCUUCACUCUUUAGUAAUGGGGAGAGAUGAACAACCAAACUAACCAGGAAAACCCAUCUCUACUCCCCACCACCGCCACCAUCAAGGAUGAUUCUCCGCGGAAACUACCCGGUGGCGGUGGUGGAGGAGGCGGCGGUGAUCGAUUAAAGAGGGAUGAGUGGAGCGAAGGGGCGGUUUCGACCUUACUUGAGGCCUACGAAAGCAAAUGGGUGCUGAGAAACCGAGCCAAGCUGAAAGGCCACGAUUGGGAAGAUGUUGCGAGGUAUGUGUCGUUGCGAGCCAAUUGUACCAAAUCCCCCAAGACGCAAACACAGUGCAAGAACAAGAUCGAGAGUAUGAAGAAACGGUACCGAUCGGAAUCCGCCACCGCGGACGGUUCGUCAUGGCCGUUGUAUCCGCGGCUUGAUCUUUUGCUGCGCGGAAGUGGUCCGCCACAACCUCCACCGCCUCCGCCGGCACUACCACCACCGCUGCUGCAGGUGGUUCCGGUUUCUAAUAAUAUUCAUCCUCCUCCUCCGUUGAUGCUGUUAGAGCCGUCUCCGAUUUUGCAAGAAUCACCUGCAACGGUGCCGCCGCCGCCGCCUCCGAUUUCUUCUCUACCGAAUACUGCACAAAAUUCACAUGGAUCAAAUGGUGUGGAAAGAGUGGCCAAGGAAGAUGGAGAGGGAGCAAGAUUAUCAGACAAUUUUUCAGACAAAAACAUUGCAAUGGAAUCAACUGAUUGCAGCACACCAGCAGCACUAUACAGUGACAAGGAAAAGCCAAGGUGCAAGAAGAUGAAGAUGAAGAUGAAGCAGCAGAUGGAUUACAACAAGAAGAACAACAACAACAAGAAGAGAUCAUCAUCAUCAAGAAGACCAGAUCACCAUCAUCAUCAUAAUCAUAAUCAUCAAGAAGUGGAGAUAGCAGAAAGCAUAAGGUGGUUAGCACAAGUAGUGGUAAGGUCAGAGCAAGCAAGAAUGGAUACAAUGAGAGAGAUUGAGAAGAUGAGAAUUGAAGCUGAGGCUAAGAGAGGUGAAUUGGACCUUAAGAGGACUGAAAUCAUUGCCAAUACUCAGCUUGAGAUUGCUAAGAUCUUUGCUACUGUUAAUAAAGGCGUCGAUUCGUCGUUGAGGAUUGGAAGAAGCUGAGGGUUAAUUAAUUACUUCAACUGGAUUGAUAAUCCAUCUCCAGCUUUAUAUGUGUUCUACAUUGAGGGCAACUUAAUUGUAACAGGGCUAGAUAGUAGAAGAGUUUGUCUGCGACAAACAAUAACAUCUAUCUGCCUUCUUCAUUGUAAUUGUAUCUUUUAUUGAACAAAGGCUCCGGUACUUCACCUAUC